AUGUCUCAUCGUGAACAAGAAAAACGUCUGGUCGAUCGUGAAUCUCGAAUUAUCGGUGCCCUGCUUGGCGUUCAUGCGGGCGACUCGCUCGGUGCCACCUUGGAAUUCGCUCCACAUGAUCUGAUUGCAAGCGACUAUCCCAGAGGUCUGCGAGAGAUUAUCGGCGGGGGGCUUCUCUCGUGGUCCGCUGGACAGGCGACUGACGAUACCGAUAUGACCCGUGCGGUAUUACUAGCUUAUCGAGACGUCCAGCCUGGAGAAGAUAUUGCUCGCCUCUCGGCAGACAAUUUCCUCAAAUGGGAGGACGGCGACUGGCCAGGUAGAGAGCUUGGGAGCCAGCCAAAGGAUAUCGGAUUGGCGGUAGCAGAUGGCCUCGAAAAGUACCGAGAGACACAAGACCCUGAUAAUGCAGGGGCUGGAAGGGGAAGGGCUGGAAAUGGCAGCUUGAUGCGCUGUAUACCCACUGGCCUUUUCCAGACCAACCCGGAAUCACUGAUUAUCGAAAGCGAGCGCAUCAGCCGCGUAACACAUGACGACAAGAGAUGCACCGUCUCUUGCGCCGCCUACAAUACAAUUGUCUCCAAGUUGAUCAAUGGGAGUAGCGCCGCAGAUGCCAUCGCCGCUGGCCAACACGUUGCAGUUACACUCAAAUCUGCUCAGGUAAACCGGGCUAUCGAAUUGGGAAAAGAGCUUAGCAUAGCCACGAUGGCGAAGAAAGGUGCCUCAAACAAGUUGAAGGAUAGCGGCGGUGGCUUUGUUCUUGAUUCCCUGAGCAUUGCCAUUGCAGCAUUGCUAGACAAACGGGGGUUAGAGGAUGUUCUGGUGGAUGUAGUGCGUAUUGGUGGCGACACAGAUACAAAUGCUGCGAUUGCAGGCGGUUUACUUGGUGCGAGAGACGGAGAGGCUGGGAUUCCACUGCGUUGGAGAACAAAGCUACAGUAUGGAGAGGAGUUCAAGACUAUCGCGCUAGGGUUGUUACGUAAAUAA